UCUUAGAUUAUGCUGCCCUUCCCGGUCUUCUCCGGUUCUCCUCACGCGAUAGUAUAGUGAUCAAAUUUCUUGGUAAUCAAGUAUUGAUUUUUUUAGGGAUUCUGGUAAAUUAAGAUAUGAUAUCAAGAUGCUCAAUGUCCACAAAUGAGGUUCCUCACUUGUGUCAAAGCUUUAGUGGGAUUCAACAAUUAGCAGAAACUCGUCCAUUCAAGGCUUGGUUCUUAGAUCAAUUUGGAGUCCUUCAUGAUGGGAAAAAACCUUAUCCAGGAGCCAUCUCUACGCUGGAAAAACUGUCUAAUUAUGGUGCUAAGUUGGUGAUUAUUAGCAAUUCGUCAAGACGUGCUUCUACAACUAUGGAGAAGCUGAAAAACCUUGGAUUCGAUCAUUCUCUAUUCAUUGGAGCUAUCACCAGUGGAGAAUUAACACAUCAGUAUCUUCAGAGGAGGGAUGAUUCCUGGUUUGCGGCACUUGGAAGAUCUUGCAUUCACAUGACUUGGAGUGAUCGUGGAGCAAUAUCUCUCGAGGGCCUAGGUUUACACAUUGUGGAGAAUGUUGAAGAUGCUGAGUUUAUUCUUGUCCAUGGUACUGAAGCUCUUGGCCAUCCUACUGGGACAUCACUUCCCAUGAAACUCGAGGAUCUUGAGAAAAUAUUAGAGUGUUGUGCAGUAAAGAAGAUUCCCAUGGUGGUUGCAAAUCCAGAUUUUGUUACUGUUGAUGCAAGAUCUUUGCAUGUGAUGCCUGGUACUCUGGCGGCAAAAUACGAAAAGCUUGGAGGUGAAGUGAAAUGGAUGGGUAAACCAGAUAAGGUAAUCUAUAGGUCAGCAAUGGCCAUGGCUUGCGUUGAAGAUGCCUCCGAGUGUAUAUGUGUAGGUGAUUCUCUCCACCAUGACAUAAAGGGUGCAAACUUAGCUGGAAUCCAGUCAGCUUUUAUAACUGGUGGGAUUCAUGCGAGUGAACUUGGUCUCGGUAGCUAUGAGGAGGUUGCAGAUUUCUCUUGCGUCCAAACCCUUGUUACCAAAUAUGAUGCUCAUCCGUCCUAUGUGUUGCCCUUCUUUACAUGGUGACUGCAUUAUUGGUUAGACAGUCUUGCACUCCUACAUGUGUUUCCCUUCUUUACACGGUGAGACACUAGCUGAUCCAAGUGACCUCUCCCUAACUAGAAAAGUGCCCCAAUGAUAUGUGAUAAUGUGACAUGAUAAACUUUAUGAGUAAAAGGGUUAACCUGUUA